AUUUAUGCAAACAAAUCUUUUGCACAGACUGAUAUAUCGGCUGAGCAGUGGAAUAUCGUUUAUGAUCAUUCAGAUUAGUUGAGGCAAAAACGGCGUCCGCUACCUUACAAAUAUUAUUUUAGAAAAGGAUGCUCUGACGUCACGGGUGUAACCGUGUUUGGGCAGGCUACAUAUAUGCGCGGGUAAUCACGCCCAUCUUUACUUUUAAGCUGUGUGUGACCAUCGCAGUAACUAUACGCGACUCGAUUCACCCUGUGGUUGUGUUAGCCGACGUGCACCGUGCAGCGAACACACACAGGGAGAGCCAUGGUAAAUGUGACGGAGUUUCUUCAGCGAGUGGAGCUUGACAGACGGACGGCGGUGCUACUGACGGGUGCUGCGUGCGCUGCGUGCGCUGCGGGAGCUCUGCUGCUGCUGGCCCGCAAGAUCACUAGCCACCAAGAAGUGAAGGCUAAAAUCCAGAGAGCCAGAAACCGGAGGACUGAGAGCCUCCAGCGGGCGGAGCUGGCUGUACUCCGGUACAAGGAGUCGCAUCCAGCAACCAAAUCUGUUCACAUUUUGACGCUGCCCCUGUCUGAGUUGACAAAGCAACUGCAGGGAGGCUUGCUGACCCCUGAGGAUGUGUUUUAUUCUUACAUGGAAAAGACUCUGGAUCUACAGAAAAGGCUGAACUGCUGCACAGGGAUUUUGCUGGAAAGUUUUGAUCAGCUAAAAACUGUUGCCUCUAACAAGGAAGGUCUUUUGUAUGGAGUUCCAGUUAGCAUCAAAGACAACCUGGGAUACAAGAAUCAUGACUCUUCCUGUGGUGUGAUCAUUAAUCUGGACCAGCCUGCCCAGGAAGACUGUGUGCUUGUUAAGGUUCUGAAGAGACAGGGAGCCAUUCCUUUUGUGAAAACCAACAUUCCUCAAGGCCUAUUAAGUUAUGACUGUGGUAACCCGAUUUAUGGGCAGACCUUGAACCCUCAUAACUCCAAGAAGACCUCUGGAGGUUCCUCCGGUGGGGAGGGGGCUCUCAUUGGUGGGGGAGGCUCUCUGCUUGGUUUAGGUAGUGAUAUCGCAGGUAGUAUUCGUCUCCCUUCUGCCUUCUGUGGAAUCUGUGGCUUCAAGCCAACAGCAGGGCGGCUAAGUUCAUGGGGAUUGAGUCACGUUUAUCGAGGGCAAAAGUCAGUGCUGGCAUCUCCUGGGCCCAUGGCAAGAGACGUGGACAGUCUGGCUCUGUGUAUGCAGGCUCUGCUCUGCAACCACAUGUUCUCCCUGGACCCUACUGUUCCACCUGUACCCUUUAAUGUGCAGGUAUAUCAGAGCUCCAAACCUCUGAGGAUCGGUUACCUAGAAAACGACGGCUACACACAACCGUCUCCAAGCAUGGCCCGAGUCAUAAGAGAAGUCAAAGCUCUGUUAGAGCAAGCAGGCCACACUCUGGUGCCCUACAGUCACUUGAAGAUCGAGUAUGCUCUCAGCGAACUGACUGUAAAGGGUUUGUUUGCAGAUGGCAUUACCACCCUGCUACAAAAACUGGAGGGAAGCCCUCUGGACCCCUGUGUCAGACAACAGGUUCUCCCUUAUUAUCUUCCCAAGUGGUUGAAGAAAACCAUUGCCUUCCUUCUCAAACGCCUGUCUCCUCGUAUUGCCCACAUUUUCAAUAGCCUCCUUGGAGUUGGAGCUGUUGCAGAUGUGUGGAAGCAGCAUGCUGCUGUUGAGGACUACAUUCAUGAAACAAUCGCAUAUUGGAGAAGAUGUAACAUAGACGUGCUGUUGUGCCCUGUGGUCGCACCAGCCUUUAACCAUUUGUACCCUGGCAAGGUUUUCAGUCCUCUCUCUUACACAUCAAUUUACAAUCUCCUCAACUUUCCCGCCGGCGUUGUUCCUGUUUCCACGGUGACAGCAGAGGACGAAGAAGAACUCAAGCACUAUAAAGGCAUUUAUCGGGACCACUGGGACAUGCUCUUCAAACAGGCCGUGUCUGACAGCAAGGGUCUGCCCAUGGCCGUGCAGUGUGUCGCCCUGCCAUGGCAGGAUGAGCUCUGCCUGCGCUUCAUGAAGGAGGUGGAACAACUGGUCAAACAGAGCAGCAGGUGAAGCCUGGGGCCCACAUGUGGGGCUGCAAACCUCAGGGGCCUCCAGGUAAAUUUGCUUCGAGUACAGAAAUCAAAUGUGAAAACACAAACAAUAAUAACACUACUGCUGUUAAUCAUUCAGUGUUAAGAUACGAGAGUUGUGACAUUACAGUUAAACUGAAGACAAUAACAUUCAGAUCACUGCUAGAAAGGAUGCGCUUGUGUACUUGUUUUUAACUGUUCAUUUGUAUGGUGUUGUACUACUUUUAACAAAUGAACUUAACAUUUUAUGUUUUUGUCAUACAUUUUGGUUUAAAAUGUCUAACACUUGACAGUUGUGAUUAUAUGAAUCUUACAUUUGUUUCAGAAAUCUGCUGUAUUUGAACUGUCUUUUGAACAAACUUUUUAAUCACAGUUAGGCGAACAGGCACCACAAUGGCAUGUUGAAAAUGUAAAACGUAUGAGGAAACUAAUACUCUCGCCUUGAUCAUUAAAGGAAUCAACCACUCACUAUGCUAUGAAGGAAUGAAAAGAGGUAGCAGAUUUCUCACAGAGGAACAUGGCUGUUAAUUGUUUCCACACUGGAAAGGUUGAUGUUUGCUUUCAAGAUGUUGAAAUGUUACAAAUCAAUAAAAACAUGAGAUCCACUGUU